AUGGUGUUGUAUAUCCAGCUUUCAAGGAUGCAUGUUAUACGCUCGGUUUGUUACAAGAUGACUGCGAAUUUGUCGAUGCAAUUGUUAAGGCAAGUACCUAAGAAGAACGGAAAAACAUUUUUGUGGCGAACCCUUUCUGCUUCAAUAAGGAGCUGUCGUGAUACUGUUUUGAAUGUGGCUUCAAAUGAAAUUGCGUCAUUGCUUCUUCCUAAUGGAAGAACUGCACAUUCCAGAUUUAAAAUUUCACUCAGCAUUACUGAGGAUUCUAUUUGUAAUAUGAAGUCAGGGAGUCCUCACGCUAAACUAUUAGUAAAGGCAAAGCUCAUUGUAUGGGAUGAGGCACCAAUGAUAAGUAAAUAUUGUUAUGAAGUUUUUGACAAGUGUCUAAAGGAUAUUCUUCGAUUCACUGUAGGUUAUAAACAAAAUUUGCCUUUGGGUGGAAAGGUCGUAGUGUUGGGUGGAGAUUUUAGACAAAUUUUACCCAUGAUUCCAAAUGAUUCGAGACAAGACAUUGUUCAAACUGCAAUCAAUUCUUCAUAUCUUUAG